GAAACAAAUAAAAUGUUAAGAAGCGAGAGAAGUGAAAAGAACGAGAGUUAAAAAGUGAAGUAUCAAAUACUUUUUGAUUACUAUCAAAUAAACAGGGAGUUUUAUUCAUGGAACAGACAUCCGUAGGGAAAUUGGUCUAUAGACGGCAGCAUUUAAAUGAUCGAUGUAUCGACCGAAAAUCUACAAAGGCUUCCGCUUACUCGAUGCAUUUUAAACUUGAUAUAUGGAUUCAAGUAUUAAUCUUAUACCAUCUCAAUAGUAAUACACUCUACAGAAUUGAAUUCACUUUCAUUCAUGAAAACGUAUAUGCAUAUCAUCAUUACUGUGUCAUAGAAAUAAAAAUUACAGUAUUAAAUGCCACUGUACAUUCCUUUUGAUUAGCUGUAAUUUUAAAAAUUUUAGUCAAUUUUUGCAUUUACAUUUCAAACUGAAAUUGACAUGUUUUUCGUUUUAUAUAAAAAAAGACAAUCAAUUAGUUACUUUUGCUUUUUUAAUCGCAUAGGAUCGCAUAGGAUCGCAUAGGAUUGCGAAAGCAGCUACGUCAGAACGUAUCGAUUGUAAGGCGCGGUGAUUCACGCAUGCGCGCACGCGUCAUUCGUGAUUCCUACUUUUCUAACGUAAACAGUCCUUUCUCGUUCAAACGGCCUUUGAUACCAGCAGCAUUUUCUCCGUUCGGAUCCGCAACGCGCGUCCUCUCUUCCGAUCGCACUGCGUCUAUUAAAAGCUGAGAAGUUAGUUGACGGAUACGUUUACGAAACCAUCGUGCAUUAGUAUCGAUUUACAGAGAUCGAGAUGUGACUUGUUCUUGCUCGAAAGAACGGUCAGUUACGUCGAAGCAACAGAUUGUUAUGUGAACAAGGAAACCGGUGCGUACAGGGAUGUAAUUUACCGUAAACCGAGCCGGGGAGGAGAUACGUUUUGGCGACGGAUAUCAGACUUGUUAGAUCAUUCUCGGACAAUAAGAUGGUUCACGUGGACGGAUAUAUUCCUUUUUCAACUGGUGGCCUGCCGAAAAGCCCAAGUUUCCACCAAGGGCUCGCCUUGGCUACUGUUUUGUCUCGAGAAUCGAAUAAACCUUACUUGACCAACUUCACCUCGCCUUAUCAACCGUUACGACCCCUGUUAAUCGAAACGCAACAAGGAAACGAGAGGGAAGAAUUAUUCAUCCAGAAACUACGACAAUGUUGCGUGUUGUUCGACUUCGAGGCCGAUCCUCUUUCGGAUUUGAAAUGGAAAGAGGUGAAGCGUACUGCCCUGAACGAAAUGGUCGAAUAUGUUACCAAGAACAAAAAUGUGAUCACGGAGGCCAUUUACCCUGAAGCGGUGAACAUGUUUGCAGUGAAUCUGUUCCGCACUCUUCCACCAUCGUCGAAUCCAAACGGAGCAGAAUUCGACCCGGAAGAGGAUGAGCCAACGUUGGAAGCAGCAUGGCCUCACUUGCAGCUAGUUUACGAAUUCUUCUUACGAUUACUCGAGUCUCAGGAUUUCCAGCCCUCCAUUGCUAGACGUUAUAUAGACCAGAAGUUUGUGUUGCAACUUUUGGAGCUAUUUGACUCGGAGGAUCCACGGGAAAGAGAUUUCCUGAAAACGACGCUUCAUAGAAUUUAUGGGAAGUUUUUGGGACUCAGAGCAUACAUCAGAAAACAAAUAAAUAAUGUACUUUUACCUUUACACAAAGCCAAAUCGCUCUCUGUGUAUCAUCCGCAAUUAGCGUAUUGCGUAGUUCAGUUCCUGGAAAAAGAUCCAUCAUUGACUGAACCCGUUAUUAGAAGUCUGCUGAAAUUUUGGCCGAAAACACAUUCCCCUAAGGAAGUGAUGUUUCUGAAUGAGCUCGAAGAGAUUCUCGAUGUGAUCGAGCCCGCAGAAUUUCAAAAAGUCAUGGACCCAUUAUUUAGACAAUUAGCGAAAUGUGUAUCAUCGCCACACUUUCAGGUGGCCGAAAGAGCUUUGUAUUACUGGAACAACGAAUACAUAAUGUCUCUUAUAUCAGACAAUUAUGCAGUUAUUUUACCAAUCAUGUAUCCAGCAUUCUACAGAAAUUCUCGAAAUCAUUGGAACAAAACUAUUCACGGCUUGAUUUACAAUGCGUUGAAGCUCUUUAUGGAGAUGAAUCAGAAAGUAUUUGACGAGUGUACUCAACAGUAUUAUCAGGAUCGACAGAGAGAAAGGAAGCUUAUGAAAGACAGAGACGAAGCUUGGAUGCGCGUUGAAGCUUUAGCGAUGAGACACCCGAAUUACAACGCGACUGUAAAAGGUAUUACGAACACAACAAUUGGAACGAUAUUGCAGCAACAAUUAGACAGCCCUCCACCCGACGAAGACGGCGAUACAGAUCAAACUCCGCUUACACUGGAAAAAAUAGAAGCGAAAGCGAACGAGGCAAAAAAAAUGACCAACUCCAAUAAAACAAAGCCACUUUUGCGAAGGAAAAGCGACUUACCCCAAGACACGUAUACAAUGCGGGCAUUGUCCGAUCACAAACGCGCAGACGAAUAUCUCGUUACGCCACCGGAUCCUAACAACUGCUAGUCUCUACCACAAUCUCUUCCCAUAUAUCCUCUCUUUUGCUGCAGUGAUUUUGGGAGUUAGCUUUUUCGAAGAGAGAACCGAAACAGCGAUGAGUCGGAUCUAAUCAAUCGAGCUGUCAUCAUAGUUGACAACAACCGUCUGCGACAGAGUUUGAUCGUAUAGAGAAGCCAACAAUCGUAAUUAUCUCUUUCCUCUUUCCUUACCCGCCCCUCUUAUAUCAAAAAGUAUCGAGAUGUGUAUGGUAAUAUCUUUUUCUUUGUAUCUCGGUAAACAAAAAGAAAAAAAAAAGCUUUCUCUCAUUGCACCUAGCACAUUCGGAAGAUGUAUCCAUGUCCGUAGUAAUCUAUAAGAGAGAAAAAGAUAACUUCCUAUAUACUCUUCGAGUUGAUUUACACACGGUAUCGCGGGAAUUAUGAAAAUACUACAUACUCGCUAUCAAAAGAAUAGAAAAAGAAUCACGAGAGAUAUAGAAGUCUAGCGAAUAAGGGUCCUAAGUGUAUUGAGUAAUACACGGAAUAUUUUAUAAAUUGUAGAUUUCUUGCGUAUGGAGAAAUCUAUCGCUGACAAUAAGACAGUUUUUUCAACAAUUCAUAAGUACGCUUUCACAUUUUUAAAUUGUCUGUGCUCGAUGUUCAAUAGAUACACGACGUACAGAUCAGAUCGUACAUGAAGUUGAUGCACCAGUUUCAAACUCGAACGAUUUAUUUAUGAAGAUUUGUAAUUGUUUUAAAACAUGUUGUCUUGCUUUUGGCGGGGGAUUUUCUUCAUAUCAUAGGAAUUUAUGGUUUAUUGAACAUCAUUUAUACAGGGUAAAUCACGACGAGUGGACAAGAUUGUACAAAUUGAUUCUGGGAAUGAUUUUGAAUAGAUUUUAUCUAGAAACAUCGUAGUUUAAAAGAUGAAAUAUUUUAUUUAUAUUUUUAGAUAUUAAAAAUUUACUUAUGAAACGUAAAUCUUCCUAAGAUGAGAAAAUGAGGAAAUGAGGAAAUAAUCAUGUCCAUCUGAUUAAAUACUCGUUUGUAUUGAAAUACGUCCAAAUUUUAAUAAUAUUUUUGCAUGGUAUCUUAUUCAAAAUCCACCCCGAAAUUAAUUGAUAAAUUUAUGUUCACCUGUGGUGAUAUACAUCUUGUAUAUAUACCCUAAAGAAGCAAAAAAAUUUUAUACAAAUCUAAAAAGGGUCAGAAAAAGAUGGCCGCGUGUUUGAUGUAAUAAUUAAUAACUAUAAAGAAAAAGGGAAAUUUUAGUAUGCAAGUUUGAGGCGUUACUCUUCUGAGCGAGGUUUCCACUGAUGCGCAAACGACAGACAUUUAAUGACACACAAGUGAUAUAUAGUUGCUUUAAUGCCUAUAAUUAAGAAUCGUUAAACAAAAGAAAAUAAUAAUAAAAUAAUAAUAAUAAAAAAAAAAUGAAAUAAUAAGCAACGAGUUAUACGUGACGUUAUUGGUGUAAUUGCAUCACAAAUUUUUUCAAGAACGCUU